ACCUACUACAGUAGAGACAGAAAAAGAAACAGCCGCUGGAUGGAUCAUUUAAACAGAUGGACUCUGCAGGACCAGACGAUAGGACGCUCCGUUCUCACAGCUGUCGACGCCAAUUCCAUCUCGCUCAUGAUUUCCAGCAACUGGGACUCGGAGGAACGUCGCCUGUGGCGGCGGGCGGCUGUAUAAAUCCCUUCAGACGGGAUCAGUCUCCGAGGAAGGCGACGGCGCGAAACGUGAAGGCCGGGAAUCUCGCAGAAGAAAAGGGGUGCGGAGGGCUACAUCCCACCUUACGAAAUCAGCUCUAUGGCAUUAGCCGUGGCGCUGGUGAUGACGUGUUUCCGCUGCGCCUUGACCGAACCAAGAUGGCGACGGCUUUGAGUAACCGGUGGCUGCGGAGCUGCUACGCUUUCUUCAGGCACAGUUUUCCCAUCCUGGCAAAUGGCAAAGCUCGUUGCAUGUCAGGAUUGAGGGGACCAUGGAGCAAAGUGGUAGCACUGGGGUUUGGCAUAACCUUGUCUGCAAUUCCUAUUACACAGAAACAUGACCCAAGCUCACUUAGCAAUGAAGCGUUAAUCCGAAGAGCUGUAUCUUUAGUAACCGAUAGCACUGGUACCCUUCUCUCUCAAACAACAUAUGCGUUAAUUGAAGCUCUAACAGAGUAUACAACGGCAGUUUACACGUUGGUGUCACUGUACCAGAAAUACACACACCUCCUUGGGAAAAUGAAUUCCAAUGAGGAGGAUGCAGUUUGGCAGGUGAUCAUUGGCGCUCGAGUAGAGAUGACUGUGAAGCAACAUGAGUACCUGAAGUUAGAAUCCAGGUGGAUGACUGCAUUGCGCCUUUCAGAGAUGGCAGCAGAAGCAGCGUAUCAGUCUGGAGCUGAUCAAGCAUCUGUUUCAACACAUAACCACAUUCAGCUGGUGAAAACUCAAGUGCAAGAGGUGCGGCAGCUGUCGCAGAAAGCAGAGACUAAGCUGGCGGAAGUUCAAACGGAGGAGCUCAUGAAACUGACAGAAGAGCCACCAUUGCCAGCCGGUCGACAAGACAGCAUGGAGGAAACCGAUGAAGAAGCCUACCUGCGUGAAGAUUGAAGUGUUGCUAGCCUUGAGGAUUUUGCCCCCAACUUUGAUGGGGGAAGGAGGCACUAAGUUGAAAUACCAACCUUGUUAGCUGCAGGUCUUGGACAUUGGAAGUUGCGUUUCUGAUUUGUGGGAAAGUGUUUCUAUUUAAAUCAACUAUGCAAAUGUGAAAGUAGCCAGCUGAGGUGUCCUUUCUUGGGCGUGGAGAUCUGUUGUUAGAAUGGCUAAUGAAGAUGAUUCAGUAACAGGUCCUCAAACUCUCAAAAGCCUGGAGCUAAUUGUACCUUCAGUUUCAAAAGGGUUGGGUUUUUUCUUUGAAAAUAUUUACUUGGGUUGUAAAGGAAAUAGAAGUCAUGCCAACUAUUACACCUGAAAUUUCACAAGUAAGUUGCCAGAAAGUCAGUUUAAAAGAUAAAUGUCACUUAUGUGUGUAUGUAUAUGCUACCCCCUAAUUAUGUGAACUUUAGCAACCUCUUUUAAAAAAUAAAAGUUACCAGGACUUCUAUCUUUUAACUGUAGCUAAAGGCAGAUGCUCAAUAGUGGACUAUGCAGACAAUAGUCCCAAUAUGGCACGGGUGAUCUACAUGCUAGCAUACAGUAGCUGAAGUCACACAAGGGUGUCUCAUUAUACAACAACAACAAUUUAAUCACUCAAUUCAGUGGGAAUAAUCUGUUGUCCUACAUUAUGGAGUAAAAAAUUCAAAAGGUGAUGGGGAGAAUAGGAUGUGCACUGGAGCAUCUAUCACACUACUAAAAGGCACAUUUCAAGACAAGUGAUUAAAAUUGUCAGUGCAAUCUUGCACAUUCAAUAUGACUUACUCAUAAGUGCAUUUAAUCUAAUGCCAACAAAACUGCAUUUCAAAUCAAAUAUACCUCUAUAUAGCUUGGAGCUUAUGAAAUACAGAGGUGGGUUUUAUCUUGCUCAAACACAAAGUGAAGAAAAGCCUUUGGAAUGCUAUGUGAGUCAGGUAAUGGCAAAAGUGAAGAAAGAAAGGUGGGCUAGGCUUUUUGUAAAGGCAAAUCACUUCCAGUGGUCAGAAGGAACUGUUGCACACAAACAUUCACUUCUCACUGCUACACACACCAUGGCUCAAAAGAGACACCACAAAUGUCCUUUCAUCUUUUUCAUACCAUCAUAAUGGAAUGCCCCUUGGUACCAAUUACAGCCCUGCUUGAACACACUAAUUGCAAAAAGAAUAACACAUCUAUAUCUCCCCAAGAAAGACACCGUUCUCAUAGAUUGCAAACUAAAUUGAAUAUUCUAUUCUCCACCCCACCAGCUCCCAACUUUAGGGACGCAUAAAUCAGAUUGCAUCAGAAAAGAAAUCACAGUUCUUUUUUAAAGUACAGGAAAGGUAUGCUAAAAGCAAUAUUAGGGUUUUUCCAGACUGAUUUUUGUGGGUGUACUGUGCAGCAAAAAUAAUGCACGAGUGCUGGAUUUAUGCAGGAGUGCCUGCAAAUUGUUCCAUUUUAUUAGUUGUUCUGUGAUACUGCUGCAGUGUUACUGGGCUCUGGAGGCAACAUCAGGACACACAAAAAAAGCAACUCCAGAAUAUGUAUGCUCUGAAAAGAUACAGAAUUUCAGGAGGAAGUUAUGGGACACACACUGAUUGGAAAUGAAGCCACAUGCCUGCCCCAAAACUUUUGGAGGUGCCAGAGUUAUUGAAAGCAGAAUCAUGUAUAACCACCCUGAUAGAUCAUCCUGAAUCCACAAUAAAGAGCACCUUGCUCAGUUGGUUACACUGUGGUGCUGAUAAUGUCAAGGUUGCAGAUUCAAUCCCUGUAAGGGACAGUAUCCCAGUUUAUUGUGCCCCCUCGCUUUUGCCCCUGUUCUCAAGGCUCUGUGAUGAAACCUAUUUUCCUUCCGCAAGGAUUAUGCAAUGCCUGCUUCCAGGGGCCUCUGAAUGUGAGGUGGGCAUAGAAUGGAGAGAAUCGCCUACAUGGAGGACAGAGAAGGGUGCUUUGAGUGUGUGGAGAAACUGGGCUACUGUACAGGGGCAACAUUUAUGUUUCUUGCUCCACCCACUUUUGUCUCUGGCCCCACCCACCAAUGGCACAUGGCCCUCAGAAGGCUGUGCAGAAGGGAAUGUGGCCCCCAGGCUACAGAAAAAUAGGAGAAGCAGCAGUGUGGAGAAGCUGAAGAGGCGGGAAGAAGGGAAGAGACUGUAGGGCAGAAAGGAGAGUGGAGGCUCUGAGAGACUGAAAAGUCCUGUGACAGAAACUGUUAUUAAACUGGCGACAGUUAACUGACAUUAUUCAUGGAGUCAUCAAACCCCCAGUUGCUAGGGAACUAGCAGGAGUUUCAAGUUGGGUCAUUGCAAAGUGUUGUCUAAUUUUCCCAUUAAAUGUUACAUAAUUGUUCCUAAACUGGCUCGCAGCUUUUAACUCUUAGAAGGUAAAGAAAUAUUGCUUAAUGAUUAGAGGGGUAGAUUACACACCUCUCUGUUGUAGCCCUGAAUCCCCAAGUGUCCAAUUCUACCUUCAAAAUAAUGUCUACGCGGUAUUUCCCACAGGGUCUCCUACCACUUACAACCAAACCAUAGCAAUAUAUCCAACAUGGCAGGUUGUAGGUCAGCACCCUCUAGUGCAGGCAUCCCCAAACUGCGGCCCAUGAUCCCUAGCUAACAGGACCAGUGGUCGGGGAAGAUGGGAAUUGUAGUCCAAAACAUCUGGAGGGCCGAAGUUUGGGGGUGCCUGCUCUAGUGCUUGAUUUUGACUGAAGAGGAAAAUAAUUUCCCUGCAUUUUCAACUGUUUAACCUUUGCUUGGACAGCUGGUUAAUCUGUUCCUGUGGACACUUCUGUGCCAACAAAAUACUCAAGACGCCAACACCAACUUUUGUUCAGUUUUGGUUUCAAGGUUCUGUCACCAAUCUUUCCUGAUAUAUUGGCUUCAAAAGCAGGGUGGGGUGGGGAUGGUUUUUAACUGCCAUUUUGAAUUACGGCCACCAUCUUGAACUCUGAUGAGAUGGGAAUGUGCUUUGCCAAUGCAGUGCCCUUCAGAUGUAUUGGAUGAUGGCACUGGGUUGGCAAAGGCUGGAGCAACCAAGUUUCUGAGACCCAUACACAAUAGGUAUAAGUAAAAUCCCAGUAUAUAUGUAUGUACAUAGGUUCUAUGGCAGCCCCACUUUUUAAAAGAACUAUGCCAGCAAACUGUUUUGGAUUUACUGACCUCUGCUCCUUACAAAGUAACACUAAUAUGAUCAAUUCACUCCACAAUAAAGAUGAGAAUUUAUUCUGCAGUUUUAUUAAGUUUAAAUUCCUUAAAGCAUCAUUGAGAUCACUCAACGUGAUUUUUAAAAGGGGGGAGGGAUCCAAGACAGAAUUUGUCCACCAAUCAAAUAACAUAGGAGUUUUUGAAGCACCAAACUUUUCUUUCCUGCAGAGUUCACACAACUACAUAUUCCAUUAUGAAAAACACAGGGGACCAUAAAAAAUAUGUUUAGUUGUUUUCCAUACACAAGUAAUAAGUUGUUUUAUUAGGGGGGAAAUCCCUUUACAAAGCACCAAGAAACAGUUCCUCCCACCUCCACCCUCAUGUCCCCAAAAGAUCACAUAGUAUGGUUAUUAUUUUAAAGCAAGGAAGUUACCGGUACACAAAUUGGCCACCAAACACAAAGGUCUUGGGAGUUUCUGGGACACAGGAUAGGCAGCUGGCAGCCUGGAUACUCAAUCCAGCCCACAAAGGGGCCCUGGUGUUAAGCCUAAUUUUCUCUUCUCCCGUUUUCUCCCACAAAAGCCAAAGUCACAACCACACCAUACAUUUAAAGCUCAUGGCUUCUCUCCAGCUCAGGUAAUCUCAGGAGCAUUCACAUACUCCCCCUGCAAA